GACAAGAGCACACUGGCGAAUCAGGUGGCCCAGUUAAAUGAGCCGGUAAAUUUUGACAGUUAUCCUUAUGAAGUUAUGACGAAAUGCCAGAAGAGUUUGACCUCGAUUUGCAUGACAACUUCAAUCGUUUUCGCGUGGGCGAUCGGGUUAUCAAUGAACGUCACAAUGUUGUGUUUUAUUUGUCUACGCCAAUCGUAGUACAACUGACCUGGAACCGAUGAUAGUUUAUAGUCUACACCUGAUUAUACCCCGCCCCCAAAACAAGGUAGUCCGCCACUCACCAAAGGACUGUACAAUUACCGUCCAUUGACUAACAGGAACUCCCCAAUGUGGGAGAUGGAGGCAAAAAAAAGCCAACAAAAUUCAUUGAUAACCAGCAUACACAACAAGAUCCCUUUUCAUUCCUAUUUGCACGAGUGGUGAAGUGGCGCGAGAGAAUUUUCAGGUGAUUCCCCGCCAGAGUGGCUUGACAUGCUGGUAAAGAAUAUAAUGAUAUACGCCUAUUUAUAGUUCAAGUCAACUUUCUAUAGAUUGCACAAUCAGGAGGGGUGUGAAGUUGUGAUCAGUUUAUAAAACCAGACUUGUUUUGGUACUGACACACAUCAUGUGUAAAGGCAAGAUGAUGGACUGGAGAAAACCAGGGUUUAGAAAAGUCAUAAAGACAAACUCUAUCCUGGAUGACUAUGAUGUGUUUUGGCACAAGAAGCUUGGCACUGGCAUAAGUGGGCCAGUAAGAUUAUGUAUCAAGAAGGCUACCAGAGAAAAGUUUGCUUUAAAAUGUUUACCAGACACACCGCGGUCCAGAACAGAGGUUAACCUGCAUGUCAUGUGCAGUGGUCACCCAAACAUUGUAGAAGUUUAUAACGUGUAUGCAAAUGAUGUGCAGUUUCCUAAGGAACAGCAACCAAGAGCUCGCUUGUUGGUUGUCAUGGAACUCAUGCAAGGUGGUGAAUUGUUCGACAAAAUUAGUCAUUCCAAGUACUUUACAGAAAAAUUGGCAGCGAAAUACAUGCAUCAGAUUGCUCAUGCAGUACAACGCUGUCACAGUCUAAAUAUAGCUCAUAGGGAUUUGAAGCCAGAAAACCUCCUGCUGAAGGAUUCGUCUGAGGCUGCAGGGAUUAAGUUGUCAGAUUUCGGCUUUGCCAAAAUAGACGAUGGUAACUUAAAAACUCCCCAUUUUACUCCAUACUAUGUAGCACCAGAGGUUUUACAGGCUCAGUCAUAUCAGCAGCAGAGACGACAGGGUGUGAUCGUCACCUCUAAACCGUACACCUAUGAUAAGAGCUGUGAUAUGUGGAGUCUGGGCGUCAUACUGUACAUCAUGCUGUGUGGUUAUCCCCCCUUCUACUCCGAGACGCCCAGCCGACAAAUCACUGAUGUCAUGAAGAAGAAAAUCAUAUCGGGAGAGUAUGAAUUCUCAGAAGACGAUUGGCUGUCGAUAUCUCCGGAGGCUAAAGACGUUGUCAGGCGGCUUCUUCAUGUGGACCCUUCCAUGAGACUUAAUAUUGAUGAUCUCCUGUCCCACCCCUGGCUGAACGAUGCCCCGGACACAGCCCUGAAGUCACCAGCCAUCAUCUCAAACAAGGAUGGGUUUGAGGAUAUCAAACUGGCUUGCUCUGUACAACUGACAACCUUACGUGUACCAGAUGUGUCCAUCACACUCAAGCCCCUCCCUCAUGUCACCAAUCCAAUCAUCCGCAAACGUAACUUGAGACGGGGACACCAGUCUGUUGACCAAUCAGAAGAGCCUCCCAGGAAGCAGUCGUUUGAUUCAUGUCAGGUGACCACAUUGCGGGAUAUCAUUGCCUACUGCAUACGCCCUCCUAAAGCUGAUGAGGAUGACACUAAACUGAACGACCUAGUCACAAGAGCUUUACACUUUAAUAACGAGAGUGAAGUGUUAUCUGAUAAGCUGACACAGUGGCAGUGGGACGGGCAGAAAUUUAACCAGAAAGUGGACAAAAACUCCUUUGCUGAGAGUCUCCGUCAGCUUAUUCAGCAAAUAUCAGCGCACUCUGUGGACAGUUCAAAGACUUCCUAGUAAUACGCCAUUUUAGGUCAUUUAUUAAUUAAAAUUUAGAAAAUUUUGUAUUAUAUAUUGUCAAGAUUGCGUGGGAGAAUUGAUGAGUGAAUGCGUAAAUGUUGUAAGCGAGGUUUACCCACGUGUCGGAGGCACAGUCUUCCAGUGAUGUGUAUUACCCCUAUAGUCAUGAUGGGAAAUGAGCAGGACUUCAUUGAGUGAGACUAAUGAUUCAUGAUGCUGUACAUGGCUGUAGUUUAGUUUCUGAUGUACUGAUGGUUUCAUACAUACAGUUAUUUUUGUAGACUUACACAAGAUUAUUUAUUAAUUGUUGACUGAAUACAUUUCAGUGAAGUAACACUCUGAUGAAACGGUAGUUCCUCAAGAUCAAAACCAAAAAUUGUCACCUUUUUUGUUUUGCAAGUGAAUGUACUAGUAUAUCUUUUGUUUUUGUUUUCAACUUGGGGAAUAUAUAACCCUGGUGGAUAGUCCAAAAGUUGUCCUCUCAGUAAUUUGAAGGAUUUUUUUGGUUGAAAAAGCCAUAUGUCUAUUGAUUAACUAAUCAAUGGUGACAAAAAUGCCUAAGAAGCACAAGAUUUGUUGAGAGAUCCAAAAAUAUAUGUACAGUACCUAAUCUGCCUCAGUUGUUCUUCAUGUAUUUCUAUUAAAACCUGGAAAAUUUAUAAUUCGAGCCUAUGAUAUUGUUUCUCUUUUACAUAAAUGUAGCCAUUGGACUAUUUGUUACAGAAAUUUUACUGUGUCACUGAAAUAAAAUGACACCAAAAUGAUUUAUUUGUGUCAACAAAAAUGUGAGCUUCAUAAAACUCUACAGAUUAUUUCUCUACACCCCAUAGUUCUCUCAGAAUGUUUCAAAAUAUUGGUGGCAGUAGUGGUUGAUAGGGUGAAAGAAUAAGGACAUUCUAUCCUGGUUCUCCAUGGUCAGUGCUCAAGAGAGAAUUGUUCAUUUCUCCUUUCUGAGGUGUAGAGCUUACUGGCGGAUUUGCAUAGCCAAGUAUAAAAAUUUCCAACUUGUUUUUAUCACCUAUUUAUAAAAAAAAAGAUCAUUGUUAGAAAAUAACCCAAGUUUGGGGGUUUGGAAGUGUGUUUUCUGGUUGAACAGGGCAGAUCAUUUAAUGUUGUGGAGUUAGACUGGAUAUUUUGCCAUAUAAAACAUGAAUGUGUGUAGAAAUUCAGAGGAAAUGAAGAUUUUAAGUGACUUGUGAUCAGGCAUGAAAAUUGUAUGUAAUAAUCCAGUUCCAAACAGCACAUUUUUACUUAAGAGAACAUUUAAAAUUCGAUUUUUUAACCCCUCUCAGGUGUUAAAAUUGGCAACAACUAAGGUGUUGUCAAAUUUGAAUCUUUGAACACAAUCUUAAACCUGGCGACAUGUUGAAGUUUUAAAAUUUAGACUUUGUGAAAUUGACCAAGUUUGUCACAUUGACGGUGUGGUCAGUUGCCACCUUAGUAGUUCUAAUGUGUGGGGUCUGAAAACUGAAAAGGCGUAUGUAUGAAUACUAUGUAGUAAUUAAAAUCAGUUAUAUCAGAAACCUCAGUAUUGAUUUCUUUGUCAUGCUGGAGAUUAAUUAUUAAUGAGACUAUCGUUAUAUUUAUAUAGGUCACAUUUGUAUAGCAUAUUCCGAGAUAGUCGUUUUCACCCACACGCUCUUAUCGGUUUUCUCGGCCAUGUACCUGAAAUAUUCUUGAGUAAACCACCAGUCCAUCAAAAUCACAAAGGUCACAGAGAGCAUAUGCCACAGUUUUCACCGCAGAUUCUCCCAAAUUUGACUCUUUCAAAAAUCUGUUCAGAACUGUGUCGUUUUGAAUGUCAUCAGGUAUUUACGGCCUUAGACACAGCAUAUCAGAUUGUAUAUAGUUUACAUCAGUUUGUUUCAGUGAAGCUGUGGAUUGUACUGAUUGUUUGAAAGACCCUCUGUUGGAAGUUCUGUUACAUGCUGCAAUCUUUUUUGUGAAAAAAAAAUGUAUUAAGGAAAUUAACUGUAUAAGGAACUAUAAACACAGGGUAUUGACGACACGUUGCUCUGUAACCAUGGCGACAUCAGAAUGCGAUAAGGCCUCAGACACAACAAUAAUUUAUUUCCACUUUUGUUUCUUAUUCCUUUUUCAUUUUUGUAGCGUAGAUGUAUAUAGACAUAACUGUACCUAUGGUAAUGACUGCGUGAACCGCUGUAGUAUUCACAAACCUAUCUUUGGGGCCAAUUAUGCCAGCCAAUAAAACCA